AUGAGCCAUAAUUCCCAAGCCUUCUACACCAACAAUGCCGGACUUCCCCCAAGUUAUGAGACAAUCAAAGAGGAGUAUGGGGUGACUGAGCUAGGGGAGCCCCACAACUCAGCUGUUGUGAGAACCACCGUGAUCAACAUGCCCAGAGAUGUUGCUGUGCCUGACCAUGUGGUCUGGUCUCUGUUCAACACGCUCUUCUUGAACUUCUGCUGCCUGGGCUUCAUUGCCUAUGCCUACUCCGUGAAGUCCAGGGACAGGAAGAUGGUGGGCGAUGUGAUUGGAGCCCAGGCCUACGCCUCCACUGCCAAGUGCCUCAACAUCAGCGCCCUGAUCUUCAGCGUCCUCAUGGUCAUUGUCUGCAUCAUUAUUGUCUCCACCACCUCUGUGGCAGUCUUUCAAGCCUUUUCACAAAGAAUGCCACAUUCUGGAUUCUAGUCCUGCCCUGUGCCCCACAAGCCACAGCUGCCCGCCCCAGGCUGAGGUCUUGACCCUUUGUUUAUCCUACGCAUAUGCAAAUGUUACCUUCAUAUAUAUCUGUCCACAGUGGAUCCAAUAAAGUACGCACGGUGACA